AUGGAUCCAAAUCAAAACACUUGUCCUAUUGACAUUGACGACUUCCUGGAUGAUUUAUUAGACUUCGACUUUGGGUUUGAUGACGAGGUUGGCCAAGGGAUUCAUAACCAGGCUGAGGUUGUGCAUAACGGUGUUCAUAACCAGGCUGAUGUGGUACAUAUUGAGGCUAGCCAGGUGAUUCAGAACGUUUGCAAAUCGUAUGCAAACUAA